AUGAGCAGAGGGGACAAGCGAAUCGCUGGAGCCAAAGCAGUUGAUUUUGGAAACUUUCUUGAGGACGCAGAGGUCCUGGGUCUAGCACAUGGGCUCCUCAAUCUGCUUGGUGACUCUCGGUCUCCGCCACUAGUACUCGGCGGCGACGAACAUGGGCAGGGUCAGAGGCGAUGUAGAAGAGCAGUGGGGUUUUUAAGAGCGGAUCUCGCCACUUGA